GAAAUUCAGGCUUGCAGCCCAGAGGCCUCAGCCCCGGCUUCCAGAAAUGGAAGACGUUGUGGGUCGGGAGCCAGAGCUCUUUGCUCUAGUCUUAGCUGGGCCCGUGACUCCCUGCGUGGCUUUGGGCGAUUUCCCGCCCCUCACUGGGCCUCCAUCUACCCACCGGUAAAGUGAGAGGGUUUUUGGAUGGCUCUCCCUAAUUUCCAGAUUGACUUAAAUUCAUUUCCUUGUCAGACUUCCCCUACGGCUUGCCCCCAGCUUCACCAGCCACUUCCCUUCCUCAGCAGCAACUUGGCUGUACUCUGAAACUCUGGACCCUCAGGUUUCCACUAGAUCGCCUGAGAUUGUCUGCAAUCAACUGUGUGGGGCAAGAAGCUGCACCCAGCCUCCGGACAGCAGGCUGAGGACUGGUUUCUUGUGCACUGAGAUCUUCGGCUGUGAGGACGUGCCACAACUCUGGCCCACAAGGCCUGGAGAGAGAAGACCUUUAGGUGGUGGAGGCGGGGUGGGGUGGGUCUUGUCCAGCUCAGUUUCUCUUUAACCCCUGGCGGACUUGGGGUGCACUUGCCCCGCUCCGACAGGCCCAUGGCGCAUCGGCUGCAGAUACGACUGCUGACGUGGGACGUGAAGGACACACUGCUCAGGCUCCGCCAUCCUGUGGGAGAGGAAUACGCCACCAAGGCCCGGGCCCACGGGCUGGAGGUGGAGGCCGCCACACUGGGACACGCCUUCAGGCAGGCCUACAUGACUCAGAGCCACAGCUUCCCCAACUACGGCCUGAGCCAAGGCCUCACCUCCCGCCGGUGGUGGCUGGAUGUGGUCUUGCACACCUUCCACCUAGCGGGUGUUCGAGAUGCCCAGGCUGUGGCCCCCAUCGCUGAACGGCUGUACGAGGAUUUCUGUAAGCCGUGCACCUGGCAGGUGUUGGAGGGGGCCGAGGCCACCCUGAGAGGGUGCCGAGAACGAGGUCUGAGGCUGGCAGUGGUCUCCAACUUUGACCGGCGGCUGGAGGACAUCCUGAGGGGGCUGGGCCUGCGGGAACACUUUGACUUUGUGCUGACCUCUGAGGCUGCCGGCUGGCCCAAGCCUGACCCCCGAAUUUUCCACGAGGCCUUGCGGCUUGCUCGAGUGGACCCGGCAGGAGCAGCCCACAUUGGGGACAGUUACCACUGUGAUUACAAGGGGGCCCUGGCUGUAGGGAUGCACAGCUUCCUGGUGGUUGGCCCAGAGCCUUUGGACCCUGCAGUCAAGGGUUCUGUACCCCAAGAAUGCCUCCUCCCCUCACUGUCCCAUCUCCUGCCUGCCCUUGACUGCCUGGAGGGCUCACCUCUGGAACUUUGAGUCCGACGAGGGAAGUCGAGGGAAGUGGCUCCAGCAAACUAGAAAGCUCCUUCCUUCCUGAGAUCAGGCCUUUGCCUCUCUCCCUGUGGCAUCCAAAUGCAUCCUGACUAUAAAGCAGUGAAUGCAGGGCUUUGAGCCCUGCUCCACGC